CUAUUGUUAUUUUGUUUUGUCUCUUGACUUCCUGGAAGACCCAGAAAACACCAAACACUGAGAGUCACUGCAGUGGAGCUUUGCUUGUGCAAAUGUCUUUUGAUUACUGUGAAGUCAUCUUUAGCACAAAAGCAAAAUAACAAUCAUAAACUGACAAGACACACGCUGCUGGUUUAAUGCAUUUUAUUUACUACAUGUUUGUUGUGAUCUUAUUGUGACCUCAGUAUGUUUGAAGGAUCUGCAAAAAACAGAUAAACGAUUCACUUCAGAUAAAUACUGUUUAAGUGUGUCUGGUUGCACAAACUGUUGCUGCAUGAUCAUAAACUGCAAUUUACAGUCUAUUAGCACAGCACAUUGUUUCUGAAAACAAAAACCACUCAAACCGCACAAAACUGGAAUAGUUAUGGAUUAAUAGAGCCUAUUUUUAUCAUUGCAAAGAUAAGCAGUUGGGUUGACAAAUCUCUGCAUCACAGCUGUUUACCACCACAUGCUGUAUUCCACAUCAUGUUUCCCUCUGCACAUUUAACCCACAGACAAGCCUCAGUAGCGUAACACAGUGCUAACUGGCCUUCAAGCUACUGAUCCUAAAUUUCAUCAGGCAUCCAGCAUCCCCGGGCAUUCCUGAGCAGUUUUUGCAGUGUGACAUGAUGCAUUGUGUGCCAUAGACAAGUGCUGUUGUGAGGGGAUGUACUUGGUCUGCAACAAUAUUUAGGUGGGUGGUGCGUGUCAAGUCACAUCCACAUAAAUGCCAGGACCCAAAGUUUCCCAGCAGAACAUGACACUAACAUAAUGAUGACAUUUGGGUAACAGCACUUCACACUACACAUGAAAGUGGUGCACAAGACAUCUGUGCGACUUGCUGGCUGUUACAUUUGAACACAUGAGGGCAGUAUAAGUGUGUUGGAUCACAGCUUCAGUCUGAUUUAUUCCACACUCAGUGCAGAAUAAGCAGUGGGUGUUGUUAUCACAUUAUAAGGCAUCAAAAGCUAAUCAAGCCCACAUUAUGGGCGCAGGUAGUUUUAAUCUGUGCAUAAUGAAAAGGAAGUGACUUUCUGUAAAUUUCACACCAAAUGAAAGCUGCAAAACAAAAAAAUCAUCACUAUGCAGCUGACAGCCCCGACAGAUCUGAAUCAACAGAAAGAAGAAAAACACAUUAUCCAUCUAUUACAUGUCUUUAAGCCACUUUAUACUGUUGUCUCUUUCCUGUUUUGUCUUUACAGAUACCUGCAGCUUCUGCAGGGAAAAACAAUGUACCCCUGCCUGGUGGAUGCAGAGGGACAUGUGAUCGCAUUCGCCCCUAUUACCAACAGUAAGAAAACCAAGAUCAAGAAGACAACCAAAGAGUUGUUCUUGGAGGUGACGAGUGCAGCCAGCCUGCAGACCUGUAAAGAUGUUAUGGACGCUCUUAUUGUUAAAAUGGCAGAGUUGAACAAGUUCACAGCAGAGCAUCGGGAGGAGGCGGGGUCAGACGGGAAGGGGAUGGCCCACAAGAGCCUGCUGCCAGCGGCGAGACCUCCAGCGAACUGAUCGUCCAGCAAUUUUUGUACUGGAAUUACAACUUCUGGGUCCAUCAAGUGAUGCCCUCCGGCCCCAAAAGAUUUUUUCCCCAUAAAUUUACAUUGUGAAAGAGACAUCUGAAAAUUAGCGGAUUUAUUUCAACUUGUAUGUAACUUGUAAGCUGUAUGGGCCAAACUAUUCCAUAUUAAUACUCUGGUAUAUUUCUGUAUCCGGAAUAGGAUUCUGCAGCUAUGUUUGACAUUUCUUUAGCCAAUGAACAAACCGACAAAUGUAUUAAAUCAAAUGCAUGUU